AUGGGAGAGCAUCAGAAGAUACCAUCCUUUGAUGGUGCACCAGAGAAGCUGGCGACUUACCGAGAUGAGGCGCUGGCAUACACCUUCACUCUAGAGAUCCAUAAGCGGUUUCUAGCAGGGCCCAGACUGGCCCAAAGUCUUACAGGAGUGGCUCGCACAGUGAUCCGAAGAAAGCUCUCAACGGAUCCUCAAUGGCUCGCUCACCCGCGAGGAGCCUACACGUUGAUCGACUUCUUGGAGCAAGCCAUUGAGCAACCGACUCUUGUGCAAGCCUCGCAGCACAUCCAGAAGUUCUUCUACCAGCUCAGGAGGAAGAGGGGAGAAACCAUGACGGAGUGGGUCAACCGGCACUCCGAGAGCCUUUGGGAAGCUUCUCGGGCCUUGAAGCGUGUUGAAAAGGAGUACGCCGUUGCACCCUCUGAUGGUGAUGGCGGCCAGGACAAUUGGUCCCAGUGGGGUUGGAGGUCUCAGGGAUGGUCGUGGGGAGGCUGGUCGUCUUGGAAGACGGAUGAGUAUCAGCCCCCACAGUCCUGGGAGACUGAUGUGGCUGACUUUUUGCCUGACUACCUCUGUGGCUUCUUGCUCUUGCAUCGGAGCGGACUAGAUGCUCAUGACCGAGCCAAUAUCCUGGCUGCCAUCCGCGGUGUCUUCUCUGUCAGAUCAGUCGAGAGAGCAUUGAAGGAACAAUGGCGCGAUGAUCUCGCCAAACGGGACAAGGCCAAGUUCCAGCCCUUCGUUGCAGUCGAGGAGGAAGAAGAUCAGGCUCUCAUGGCUGAAGGGGAAGCACCGGACUUUGGAGAUGAUGCUUGGGCCGAAGAAGUUUACUGGGCUGACCAAGCCAUUGUAGACUCAGCCCUUGCUGCGAUCCAGGAGCAGAAGCGGACGCUGAAGGAGGCCAGAUGGAGGCAAAGUCAGAUGAGACUGGGCCGAAAGUUCUAUCCGGUCUCAAAGGGCAAAGGCUAUGCCAAGGGCAAUGAGAACAAGCCGGCGUCAAAGUGUUUGAAGUGCGGCGGCCCUCACUUCACGGACAAUUGCCCUGUGAAGCGGCCUUCAGCUCAGAUAGCUGAAGAGCAUGCCGAAGUAGCCUUUCGGCAGGGAUCCUGCCUUGUGAGAAGAGUGACACCAGUGGAACUGGCGGGCAAGGGGGUCAUCGACUGUGGAGCUACAGCGACAUUGGGGUCGGUGUAUGCACUGGAGUCGAUCAUGGCCCUGAACGUCCAGCGUCAUGGAGAAGAUCGAGUGAGAGUGGACCCGGAGGUGAGGCCAGUGUUCAAAUUUGGAAACAACGGCACCAAGUCGUGUAUCUCCACCGUAGCUCUCGGUGUGGAUCUCGGAGACCGAAAGGGAAAUCUCCAAGUCCACGUGCAUGACGUGGAGAAUCAACCAGUGCUUAUUUCCAUCAAAGCGCUCAAGGCUUUAGGCGGUGAUCUCCUGAAAGGAGCAAAGAUUCGCAAGACGAAGGAGUUCCUGCAUGCCAAGGUCGCCGAGCUGGGCGAGACUAUGCCACAGUCGUCCAGCACCUUGCAGCUCAAGGCGCGAUUGGCGGAGCUCAGGGAUCAGUCCAAGAACCAGAUGGGCCCCGCCUUGAAGGACCGCAUGACAGAACUGAACAAGGCUUCUCGCAAGAAAGCCACGCUGAUCGAAUUUGCGGAGAAACAAGAAGUGCCCAUCCUGGAGUCAGACACCAUUGCCAGAAUCUAUGCCAAGGUGGAAGCCAAGUUCAACCAGGAGGUUCCAGGAACCUCAUUGGACAAAGUGGGCUUCGGCAAGUUCCUAUGGCCAGAUCUUUGUGGAGAAUCCCAGUUACAUCAAGUGGGUCAUUCAGACUGCGGAAGAGAACCAGGAGGAUGCUCAUUGGCGCCUUCGUCGCCUUGCCACCUGGAGUGUGAUUCAGCAGACCCCACCGAAUCUGUGCUGGAAGCCCAUGCAGUGACCAGCAGCGAUCAAGAACAAAUCCAACGUUUGGCCCAAGAGCUCGAACAGAUCAAGUCCGAGAAAGCGAGUUGGAGCUGCGCCUUGGGAGCAGCAAGAUGCGCAAGUCCGGACAGCCUUCUGUCAAGUGAAGCCGAGAAACAGUUUGGACCGGGUUCAGCCAUGAGUAUCGUGGAAAAUGCCAUCAAGCAAGCCAAAGCGGUGAUGACAGCCUUGGCCGAGGAGUAUCAUGACAUGUCCUUAACAGAACUUUUAGCAGAGCAUUAUGGGCAUGAUACCAUUCAGGCCAUGUCCAUUGCGGAACAAGCCUCUCAAAGUUUCAAGCGGAAGCCAGAAUUGCUCGCGCUACAGCUGCUGGACAGUAGACUCCUCAAGGCAGCCCCAGAACAACUCCGAGCAGCGUCAGAGUGGGAGCAGGCGAUAGAACAGCUCCAAGGGCCUGGAGGUUCCGUGGACUAUCACCUCUCUGGCGACACAUCCUGGUCGUAA